CGACAUCCUGGUCUACGGGAACAUCGUCAUCCAGAAGAAGAAGUACAACAAGCAGCACAUCAUCCCUCUGGAGAGCGUCACCAUCGACACCGUCCCGGACGAGGGCGACCUGCGCAACGGCUGGCUCAUCAAGACGCCCACCAAGUCCUUCGCCGUGUACGCCGCCACCGCCACGGAGAAGUCCGAGUGGAUGAACCACAUAGGGAAGUGUGUGGGGGACUUGCUGCAGAAAAGCGGGAAGGCCCCGACAGGAGAGCACGCCGCCGUCUGGGUGCCCGACUCGGAGGCGACGGUGUGCAUGCGCUGCCAGAAGGUGAAGUUCACACCGGUCAGCCGCCGCCAUCACUGCAGGAAGUGCGGCUACGUGGUGUGCGGGCCGUGCUCGGAGAAGAAGUACCUCCUGCCCAGCCAGUCGUCCAAACCCGUCAGAGUCUGCGAGUUCUGCUACGUGCAGCUGACAUCAGGAAACCUCUCGCUCCGCUCAGACUCCAUCAACCGGCCGGGGUCAAAGUUCAACAACCUGUCGGACGACGACGACGAAGACGACAGCAGUGACUGAGGAGCGACGCACGCCUCCUGACGGCGUCCCGUCCACACGUCCAGGAGGAGUCCCGCCUUUCUGUUUCUGUUUGGAGUCUGACUCUGAGGAUUAUUCUCAAACCAAAACCAGAUCUUCAUCUUCAUCUUCAUCUUCAUCUUCCUCCUCAUCUUCAUCUUCUUCCUCUUCCUCCUCCACUUCUUCUUCUUUUUCAUCUUCUUCUUCCUCUUCUUCUUCUUCUUCUUCUUCCUCUUCUUCUUCUUCUCCUUCUUCUGAGUCCAGCUGGAUUAACUUCCUGUUCGUGUGGAUUAAACGGAGUGACCAGGAAUUAGUCCGCCCCGUCUUUGUUGACUCUUCAUCAGACUCACUACAGGACAUGAUGGUGCUGAUGAGGAGCCUCCUCCUCCUCCUCCUCCUCCUCUUCCUCUUCCUCUCCUCCUUCUUCUUCUUCUCCACCAUCUUCUCCAGAUGAUUGCUUCUCAUCUCUGCAGGGAAAACCUCCAUCCUUAGAGCUCCGCCCUCUCUCCCCUCCCCCCCUCAGGUCCAACACCAAAGGGGCGUGUUUUCUAACAGAGGUUGGGGAUUUCCCCGCCCCCUUUUGUAGGAUUAUCCUCAGACUUUUCUAAAGAGAAUGUAGAUGUUCUUCUUAACCUAGAGCUUUACACGCAGAUCUAAUAAUCUAGAUGCUUCUGACAAAUCAGCUGGUCUCACUGUGAGCUCCAGGAACUAACUCCACCCUCAGCCUGUCACCUCAGUGCCUUCUAGAACAUGGAGGGAGGAGUGAGAGGACCUUUUUUUUAAUGAACCCAGUCGGCUUCCUGACGGGUCGACUCGGACACACAUCAGAGGGGGGGGGGGUUCGAACCCGAGUCCCUCAGGACCUCUGAGGUUUAGAAAAGCACAGUUAGAAGAAGCUGAAGGCGGUUUUUCCACUACAGGAGCUCCACUCAGAGAGUCGGACUCUGAAGUCCCCGAGUACCAUCGAACUCAGAGUCCUUAUCCAGCAGGUCCACGGCUCGUUUUAGGUUCUGGUUCUGCACCAGAGGGUCCUGAAAGUCCUGCUUUUGGAACCACCAGAAAAACCGUUAAAGGUCGUCAUUUUCUGUAAACGCUGCUGAACGCCGACAUGAUGGAGGAAGUGAAGGCGGCUCUUUUAAAAACAGAUCCAAUCGCCUGACGGAGCUCGACUCACCUGAGCGUGUUAGUGGGUGUAGCUGUGAAGGAGAAGACCCGCCUCCACUCCGCCUCUCGGCAUCUUUCUGGCCUUCUGAUUGGCUUCAGAAAACAACUAAAAUCACAAACCUGUCCCCUUCGGUCCAGAGUCGUGAUAAACUUCGGUAUCGUCCGUUUGGGAAACUCGACUCGGUCUGCAGCCUCUGAACUCCUGACCCGCUGCAGCGAAGAUUUACCCGACGUAUCGUCUCAUCAAACUCCUGUCAUCUUAUAGAAACUGGGAUUAAAUGUGUGUUCAACAUCAGAGCAAAGCUUGACAGAGAGGGCGUGACGGGCAAACAGAGUGAGCGAGCUGCAGACCUGCCCGUCAGCUCCGUCAGGAAACAGGGCGGAGAUGAAAUAGUAAAAACAGCUUCUGUUUACAUUCCUGCAGCUUCAGCGUCAGAGUCGUGUCACUGGGAGUGAUUUUUGUCUGUCUGAAGGAGCGACUGAAAAAAGGAAGUUUAGGAAGCGUGAAGAAGAAGAAGAAGAAGAAGAAGAAGAAGAAGAAGAAGAAGAAGAAGAAGAAGAAGAAGAAGAAGAAGAAGAAGAAGAAGAAGAAGAAGAAGAAGAAGAAGAAGAAGAAGAAGAAGAAGAAGAAGAAGAAGAAGAAGAAGAAGAAGAAGAAGAAGAAGAAGAAGAAGAGCUGCGAAACACGAAGAGACGGUCUGAGUGUUGAAGUCUGUGGAGGUCAGUUUAGUUUACCUGUGGUGGAAAAAGGUCUAAAAACAGAUUUUUACUGAUGUCCCUGAAAAUCAGAGUUUGAGGACAGAGACCGUCUCUCCUGUCAGACUGUUGAGACCAUGACGGUGAAAUCUGGAGGUUUUAAUUCCUCACAGAGUCAAAGUCGACAUAAAGAAGUCUGUUUGUUUCUGUUGUCGGUGUGAGCGAGUGAAUCUCCGGCCGCUGAAGCGUCGAGCAGCUCGUCUGGUCGUCUGGUCGUCCGUCCCUCUGCGUUGUCCCUCCUCCAUCGGCAGCUGAGUCGGUUUUACUGGAAAGGAAAUCCAGGAAGUAGGAGCGUAGUCUUCCUGUCAGAGGGCCGCAGCAGGUCACAAAACAAACACCCCCCCCCCUCUUCUCUGCACACUCAGCCGUCCUCUCCUUCCUCCUUUCCUCUGAAAAGAUCAUGUGACAGGUGUGUGUGACUGAAAUCAUGUGACCCGUUUCUGUAGCAGGAAGUGAAAAGGCGUCUCUGGAUUAUGAUGAACGACCUGCUGCAGCGGAGCUCAGAGUUCAGGUGAACAGAUGUCUGAGUCGUCACUUUCACUCACAGAAACGUCCACCUUCAGAUGCCCCCUCUGUCCCUCAAAGUCCAGGUUCAGGUACUCGGUCUAGACAGAGUUUUAGUCCAGUUUUGUUUGGGGUCAGUGCAGCUUCACAGACCCUCCUGGGUUCACGUUGUCCAGAUUUCUCAGUCGGUGUGUUUUCAGUCUAAUCCCUCACUGUUGGUGUAAAAACCAGAUCAGAGCAGCUGCAGUUUGAGGAGGAAGUUAAAUCAUGAAAAUCAAACGUUAGAAACACGUCUGUCUAAAAAGAUCCUCCUGAUUUCUCUCUGUGGUGUUGUUGGCGCCCCCCGGUGGACAGAGCAGGGUAUCCUCUGACCUUUGACGGUUACUCUUACUCAGACAUGAUGAAACCAGGUUUCUGUUUUCAGCUGUUUUCCCCUCCUGACUGUUUCAGGCGUUAAAGACGACAAACUGGUUCUCGUUUGUUUCUGAGUAUCAUGAAAAGCAGAAGUCCAGAGUUCUGGUUCCUGAACCCCUUCAGGCCUCUGUGAACUGAGCAGGUACCAAACACGUCUGAGUGAAGCUCUUCACUGUCCCCUGACGUCUCUGACCUCCCUGCACACCUUCUCCCUCCUCACCUGAGACCUGAAGUUUCUCCAUGAGGGCAUAAACUCAGUCCUGAACCUGAACUGAGACCCCCAGCAGCAGAUCAGGGAGCAGAAAGGGAUCUUCUUUUUCUUGUUUCAUGUCUUUAGAUUUUUACAGAGUUAAUGAGUCGCUGCAGUAAAAGCAGCCAAAUCGAUUAGAGGAAUUAACGUUAACGAUCACUAACCAGCUGUCCUUUAUACUGGACCACAGAGUCCGGGUACAGGUGUGCGGUGGAUUGCACUUAACCAAACCGGCACAGGGACUCUGCUGCAGGAUGAGUUUGGACUUCAGAUCCACAGAGACUGUUUUUAAAAUGAGGAGAUUUGUGUUUUAAUCCUGUUGAUUUUUGUACAUUUGUACAGAUGUGUUUGGGUUUUUUUUGUUUUUUUGUUGUACAGUUCUGAUCAGUUCUCAAAUGACGAGGUUUUCCUGUGCUCGGCCCUCCUCCUCCUGCUCCUCCUCCUCCUCCUCCUCCUCCUCUUCCUCACAUCUGCAGCUUUUAAAGGACGUCCAAAUUUCUGAUUGACUUUUACAAACGUAGACACAAAGGAAAAGUUUCUACGAACAUUUCCAACAGUGUCUGAUUGUUAGAGUGGAAAUGAAAAGUCCAGCUGAAGGUCCAGCUGAAGGUCCAGCGUUGUCCUCCGUCCCCUCAGUCUGCAGGAGAUCCAGAGCAGGUACGGCUCCAGGAAAAGCUUCAGAGCUUCAUGCUGCUCUCAGCGUGACUUCAUGGAGGAGAAGGAAAGCUGCAGAUCCUGAGGGUGGAGGAGAGAGGAGACGCUCUGUGCGACUGAAAGAUGAUCACGUUUGUUUGUCUCCAUGAGGUUGAAUUUUCUCUCUUUUAUGGUGUCGUUUUGUUUCUUUCAUUUUAGUCAAUUUAAUUCUUUUAAAAAGGGCUUAAUCAAUCAGAAUGUAACCCAGCAUAUCAUAGUUUACAACUAAUUCUGUCAGAAACCUGAUAUGUUAUCUAUAAAUAACGUAUUGCUUCAAUUUGA